CCGACCACGAACUACGAUUAUCUUUCUCUUCUACAACAGCAAGAUGAGGACCGAAAUGUUGACGUCGCUCUGCCCAGGGUGCCAACGUUGCGUCUCGUGCACCGGCCACCCUUUCUCGCCCUCUCAAGACACCAUCGAAGCCAUCAGGAAAAGCAAUGCAUCCUUGGGCGACUUUCCUGACGAUCACUACCAGGCGCGAGCGGUAGAUGCAGAGCAACAAGCGCACGCCCUUACUUCCGAGAUUGACCGGCUGCUCAGCCUGGCUCAAGAGCUCUCAGCGCACCGUCAGCGCCUUUUGGACUUCGCUACUCAGCAGCGCGCGAUAGCCGCACCCGUGAGGCUGCUACCCGAUGAGCUUCUGGAAAAGAUCUUCCGCCUUGCGUGCGCGGGGGUCGUGUUCACGUAUCCACUGUCAAAACCGAUGCUGACGGCGGUGGCGAUCAGCCACGUCUGCCACCGGUGGCGCGUCAUUGCUGAGCACGACAAGCAGCUCUGGGCACCAGCUCUCAUCAAACUGCAUACAGAUGACAUCAACAUGCUCCCAAAGAAACCCACAGUCGAGCAGCUACUGCUCUUCAAGGUGGCCUUGGUCGCCUACCUCACGAGAUCCCAUCCAUUACCCUUCGCCAUCGAUUUGCGAGGCCCCUGCACCAUCUCCGAGGAUUAUGGAUCGAAGGCAUUUUCCGUUCUGCCCGAAGUGGCUUUCAUUGACGCUGUCACCCGCCGCUGCCACCGCGCGCGCUUUUGUUGUACUUCCACCCGGUACUUCUCAAGUUUGUUCCAGUUCCGUAUGCAGACCAUCGACCGCUCGGCGGAGUGCGUGGUUAUACCCACGUUGGAGGCCCUCCAGACUGCUGAACUCGUAGACGAUCCACACGCAGGGGCGAUAGUAGCCGCCUCCGAUUACCAUCUGGAGUUUCUCAGAGAUUAUGCGCCGCAUCUGCGCUAUUGGAAGCAGGACAUCGUCGACCUGGGAUAUUAUCUCUAUGGUACUGCGAUGCAGCACGUUCCGGGGCGCACUCUGGUACGCCUUGAGGCGUCGUGGACCGCUUUGGACCUUGCCCAACGGGCACUUUCUUCCUGCGCAAGUCUGAAGGUGCUCAUAAUCGGACUCUGCGAUGCCACCGACACACGGAGCGGUCCCGGUCCCGAGACAACAACGCUGCGGCAGCUGGAGUACCUCACCGUAGUUGCUGUUCCCGCGCGCACUGUACUCGGUCGUCUGCUGCGCGUUCUCAUCGCGCCGCGUCUGCAACAUGCGCAUUUCCGCUGUGCAACGCCAGACGAGGUACGUCGCCUUGACAGAGAACUCGCGCCAGACACGACCGAUUUCCCGCACGCCGACUUGGGUGUCUUCCUCGAGCGCUCGGGAUGUGCAUUGGAGUCGAUGGCUCUGAAGGGCGUAUGCGCCACGCCAGAGGACGCCGUCCUUGUUCGAGAGAGAUUGCCGAGCAUGACAGUACUUCAGGUGGAGGGUGUCACCAUUGCGUAG